AGGAGGCUAAGGUGGAGGGGGUUUGGUCUGCUGUGUGGGAUCAUUGCACACAGGGAGGAGGGAUAGAAAGAGCCUGGAGAAAAAGGGAGCGGAGGAGACAGACGACAGGAGACGAAAGGCUGACGCACAUCCAAAACCCCACAAGAAAAAUGCCCAAUUUUGCAGGCACCUGGAAAAUGAAAAGCAGCGAGAAUUUCGAAGACUUGCUCAAAGCACUGGGUGUGAAUGCCAUGCUGAGGAAGGUAGCGGUGGCUGCUGCGUCCAAGCCCCAUGUGGAGAUCAGGCAGAACGAUGAGCACUUCUACAUCAAGACUUCUACCACAGUCCGCACCACGGAGAUCAACUUCCUCAUUGGAGAGGAGUUUAAUGAGGAGACGGUGGACGGAAGAAAGUGUAAGAGCUUGGCCACUUGGGAAACAGAAAACAAGAUUGAGUGCAAACAGACUCUACUGAGUGGGAACGGCCCGAAGACCUUCUGGACCCGAGAACUCAACGGAGACGAACUCAUACUGACCUUUGGAGCCGAUGAUGUGGUGUGCACGCGGAUCUACGUACGAGCAUAGCAGAAGUCCACAAGUUCAAAUAAAUAAUGUCUAAUGAGCCGCCAGUGUCAGAAAUUUCACAUAAAAAUGUAAAAUAAUCUGUUUUGAAACUCAAUGUUUUUGAUCACAAAAGUCAUAAUUUCAGAUGAUAUCACGUUUUUUUCCCUGUUAUUUAAUUUUUCUAGUGUUGGAAAUUAAACAAUCAAAUUAUGAUGCGUUUUUCUUUAGUGAUAAAUUCAUGCUUUAGAUCUUGGGACAGAAGAAAAGACAAAGAAGCAGCAGAAGAAGUCUACACAAUAAAUAUUGUGGAUAUAACCUGAUGAAGAACUUGCUGGUCAG